AAACAAUGAAAAUAUAACCUCAUCGUAACAACAAAAUGAGACUUAUUAAUUUAUUGAAAACUUUAAGAAUAAGUUAUACACAAACAAUACGAACUUAUUCGGACUACACUCCAAAACCGUUACGUAGCUUGAAGCCAAAGUCUAAUCGACAAUACGUGCAAUAUUACGUGGAUUCCUGCAGAGUGCGGGCUGUCGGAGGGAAUGGAGGCGAUGGUUGUAUUUCUUUUCUAAGCGCUUGGUGUAAAGAUCACGCGGGACCUGACGGCGGGGACGGCGGUCAUGGCGGACAUGUUAUAUUUCAGGCAUCUCACACUGUAAAGAGCUUAAACCACUGCAGGUCUGUGAUCCAGGCUAAACAUGGUGGGCGCGGAGACAAUAAGGAUUGCACUGGGAAGAAUGCACAACAUGUUGUCAUACCAGUGCCCUUGGGUACAAUAGUGAAGGAUCCUCAGGGGCGUGUGUUAGGUGACCUGGAUGUGGAGGGCACCAUGUUUGUAGCAGCUCGUGGAGGCGCCGGAGGCAGAGGGAACAAGUUCUUUCUUACCUCUACACAACAGGCGCCGGAUAUAGCGGAGCUAGGCGCUAUAGGCGAGACUUGUGUGUACACGUUGGAAGUGCGUUCGAUGGCGCAUGUUGGCCUCGUGGGCUUCCCCAACGCUGGCAAGAGCACUUUACUGCGAGCUGUGACCAGAGCUCGGCCCACUGUAGCAUCUUACCCUUUUACAACUAAACAACCGCAUAUUGGUAUGGUUUUAUAUGAUGACUAUGAGCAGAUAGCUAUAGCAGACCUGCCCGGUCUCAUUCCCGGCUCACACAAAAAUUAUGGAUUAGGUAUCCAGUUCCUCCAACACUUGGAGAGAUGUCGCGGCCUUAUUUACUUAUUAGAUGGAGCAUCGGAUGCUCUUCAGCAACUCUUGACCUUGCAGCAUGAGGUCCAACAGUACAGCGCCGAGCUGGCCACCAGACCGAGUCUUCUGGUCCUCAACAAGACAGACUUGGAGAUCGGGCAGAGAGCAUACGAAGACUUGAAGAACAAUAGACCGGAGACAGUUUUGGGUAUUUCAGCGAAGACCGGUCAUAAUGUUAGUGAAUUAUUGAAAGCAAUCCGACAUUUGUAUGAUAAUAAUUUGUAG